GUUUUACUUACUUUCUGUUCCACCACAAUACGGGAUUUCCCUAGCUACGUCACACAAGGAGACAAUGACGAGGUUUACCUUUGUAAUCAUUCACAAGUUCAAACCGAAACUACAUGCACUCGAGCUGACAUGUUAUAUCAUAUAAUCCCCUACAGUAUGAAGUGCGCUGCAUUAGGCCUACUGUAGAAUAAGGAAUAUUAUAAUACCAAUUAUACCGAGCAAGACAGAUGUGUGACGCCACAGUCUACAUUUUGACGUCAUAUAAUACAACUGAAGCAGUGGUGAGUUGAAAGAUGUACCAGACUUUGCAACGCAAAUAUCGUACAGUUUGUCAAAACAUUGUCCUCCCGGCGAAAUCUCCGUGUUAUUGACUCAUGGUUUCGUCCGCCUUACUGAUUCUCUGACAUAUUGACCUCUGAUAGAGAUGUCAAAUGUAAACAGAGCGUUGGACUGCACGAUUACAAGAAAGGAGCCAGACUCCGACUCGUGUAUGAUUUUUCUGAGUGGCACGCCAAUAUUACAAGUUGGAAAUUGCUGUACAGUAGUGGAAAUAAAAGUAAACGAUGAUCUUGUUCAGUGGCUGGAGAACGCAACAGAUGACAGUCCUGCCGAAUUAGACAUUGAUCUUGGAAAUUUAGGAAUAUGCACUCUUAUUUGGAAUAAUAAAGAACGUCUGCAAGAAAAAUGGAAGGUGGAACUAAAAUCAGAACUUUCCGAAGAUUUGUCAGGUUUAAAAAACAAGGUACUCAAGAAAAUUACUUACCUGCAUGGAGGAGUAGUCACUGAUAUUGCCAAAGAAUUCUACCAAAUAUUUCAUGCGAAAUUGGAGAAAAUUACUCCUGGAUGUAUCAACAUGGAAUUUAUUUUGGAGGCAAAGAACACUUAUGAUGCAAAGACUAAAAUAGAGGAAAUGAGAAAGAGACUGGAAAUCAAACUACAAGACAUAAUUAAAGAUGAACACGGACGUUUUACAACAACGAUAGCUAACAGAUCUCUACUUUCUCGGAGAAAAGUAUACGACAAGUGUACGGGAGGAACUUGUCCCAUGACAGCUGAGAGUAUUUCAAAUUAUUUUCCUGGAGAAAGAGAAAAGGGUAUUUAUACUCUCUUGUGCUUGGAUGGUUCGGAUGUUUCUAAAGACCCGGGAUUGAGGAAAACUCUACGUCAACUAUACAAGAAAAUACUCGAAGAUUUAGACAAAACCCAUUGUGAUCAAUGUGUAACCUUCAACGAGUUUGUAAGUCUGAUUGCGUUUGGAGGAAAUGGUAAGGUACACAUAGAACAACCAUUCCAGAUCGAAUUUCCUCAGGAAGAUGCUUUUGAUCAUGUAAUAGACGAAGUCGUUGGUUGUGAUCUGCCUUUGGAUGCUUCGCAAAUGUUGACCACUGUAUUCCAGAUUGCAUCUAAACAUGGACAACGCUUCCAGAAAGAAGGAUAUGUUAUCCAGCCGAGAAUCGUAAUCUUUACUAAUGGGAAGUUUAAAGAACCAGAAUCGACAGCACUUCCCGUUUCCAGCUGUGACACAAUGUACCCAGUAACGUUUGUCCCGAUUGACCAGAAUUGUGAUAAAGGUGUCUUAAAGAGAAUUAUAAGCAACAUUGGUGGUGAGAUAACGACGGAUAUUCCAUACAUCGCACGAUAUGCGGGACAUUUGCAAAUGUUUGUAGAUGCUCUGAAAAUGGGGAAAAGAGACAUCAAUGAAAUUCUUGAAACAAUUAAGGAAUAUGCACCCGAUGACGUUAAAGACAUGGCUAAUAUUUUUAAAGUGUACAAAAUUUCAGUACCUGUUGAGAAGACACAACGAUCCCAAACCGACACUGCUGGGCCGGAAGCAUUCAUCAUCUAACAAUCACUAUCACGACUGUUACUGUUUGCUAUUGUAUCAUACUCAUAAUACAUGUACACCCAUCGUCGCAAACCACAGUUUCGAGUUCUCAUAGUGAUGAUGGAGGGAAUCGAAUAGAAGCACCAGUGGGUAACCGACGAUGAUGUACACCGAAUGCACGAUUUGGACAUUUCUUAACAUUUGAUAUCUUGAUAUUCUCAUUCAGGUAUAUUUACAGCACGCCGUGGGCAUUCCUUGGCGGUUGAUAUUUUGAUAUUCGUUUGGAUAUUGAAAGUUAUGUUACAAAUUCAAUACAUCUAGACAGUUUCAUUUCUUAUGAUUAUACAUUGUAGUAUGCAUCUAAAUUGUGAAGAAAAUGCAUUUCACAAUUUACAUGGGGAUCGUUAUCUAAGAAAAGUUUCUAUUCUGGGUUGUUUAAUGUGAUAUCAAAAUGACGGGACACGCAUUGUCCGUAUGUUCCGUAUACUGUCUCCUCACAGUUGUAUUGUUAUGGUUAGUAAAGCUUUCAAAUAUUCGCUAGCCUUAAGCUUGCUGUUUGAACUUUGUUCAAAUUUUGAAAAGAGUUUUGUGAUUCUUAUCAUUGAAAAAUUUGCAAUAUUAUCCUAUCAUUCAAUUCAUAAAAGAUUUUCAUAUUGCAAAAAAUAUAGGCUUAUCGCAUGAAUAAUAAACGCAAGGCUUUAGAAACAUUU